AUGACCCCGGAGGAGGACGGCGCUCGGGCACCGGCCAGCGUGCGUAUCCGUGUGGAGGGGCAGCUGUUCUCGGUGGAGAAGACCCUGCUGGUGGAGAGCAGCGAGUAUUUCCGUGCCCUGUUCCGCUCGGGCAUGAAGGAGAGCACGCAGGAGGAGAUCGUGCUGGGGGAGCUGAGCGCCGCCGGGUUCCUCGCCAUGCUGCGGGUGCUGGCGGGCGAGCGGCCGGUGCUGGGUGGCGAGGAGACCUUCCAGGCGGUCGAAUGCGCCGCCUUCCUGCAGGUGAAGCCCUUGGCCAAGUACCUGAUCAACACCAUCAACUCCGACAACUGCAUCCUGCUGUACCAAGCCGCGGCCAUAUUCGGCCUCCUGGACCUCUUCCACUGCGCCGCGCUCUACAUCAGGGACAGCUACGCCGAGCUGGAGGACUACCUGGACUGCCUCUCCGCCGACCUGUUGGCCUACGUGGAGGCCCUCCUGCCCAGCUCCUUCGUGGCUGUGGGAGCCCACACUCCCACCUUCGAGUUCCUGGAGGACCUCUCCAGGACCAUCUGCUACCUGGACGAGGAGGCCAACACGUGGAGGACCCUCUCCUGCCUGCCGCUGAGCGCCAGCACGUUCCUAGCCGGCAUGGCGACCAUGGACAACAAGAUCUACAUCGUGGGGGGCGUCUACGGGGCCAGCAAGCAGGUGGUGGAGAGCAGCUUCUGCUACGACGCGGACACCAACGCCUGGAGCGAGUUCCCCAGCCCGCACCAGCUGCGCUACGAUGUCAGGCUGGUGGGCCACGAGGGCUGCCUCUACGCCAUCGGCGGCGAGUAUGAGAAGAUCUCGCUGAAGUCCGUGGAGCGCUACGAGGUGUCCUCCAACACCUGGACCUUCAUCUCCGACCUGCCGCAGCCGAGCUCAGCCGCACCCUGCGCCCAAGCCCUGGGGCAGAUCUUCGUCUGCCUGUGGAAGCCACUGGACACCACCGUCAUCUACGAGUACGAGAGCCAGCAAGACGCCUGGCUUCCCGUCACCGAGCUCAAGCGGCACCAGAGCUACGGGCACUGCAUGGUGGCCCACCGCGACAACCUCUACGUCAUGCGCAACGGCCCCUCGGACGACUUCUUGCGCUGCGUCAUCGACUGCUUCAACCUGACCUCGCGGCAGUGGACGGCUCUGCCCGGGCAGUUCCUGAACAGCAAAGGAGCUCUCUUCACCGCCCUCAUCAAGGGUGACACGGUCUACACGGUCAACAAGAUGCUGACGCUCCUCUACUCGGUGGAAGAGGAGACCUGGAGGUUCAAGAAGGAGCGGGCGGGUUUCCCGCGCAGCGGCUCCCUGCAGACCUUCCUCCUGCGGCUGCCGCGGCGCGACCACGACGUCGCCACGUAG